AUGAGUAGAACUCAACAAAAUACUCAUAAGUAGAAAAUUAGAGCAGAAACAAUAGAUGUAGUUAUGAAACAUUAAGAUUCUAUUCCAGGGGACACUUAUUAAUAAAGAUAAAAGAUAAUUAAUUAACAAGUUAGUGUUCAUAAUACUUACAAUCGCAUUAUCAAUGUUGAUCGAACUGGUAUUAGAAUGCAUCGUGCAUAACUCUUGAGAUAUUUAAGAGAAUUCUACAGUCAGAUCAUUGUUGAACAAAUUAAUAAAGUACUUAAAAUCCCAGAUACUUUAACAUACUAAAUGUAUGAAUAACUUGUUACUUCAUUGUAACAAUUGGAUAGAUAAUAAUACUUGAAUUUAUGCUUUUAAAUAUAUGAUCUAUCAGCAUAAGGUGUUAUUACAAGUACAAACUUACUAUCUAUUCUAUCAGUAGAAAAAACUACUUCAAUAAUAGAAAAUGAUAUCUUAAGUAUGAUUAAGGUUCGAUAAGGUCUACUUAGGUAAUAAUUAGAUAAAAGUGAAUCAUCAAGAAUACCUAAACUAAAAACGAUCAUAAUAAAUCAAAAAAAAACACACAAAGGGAAACGAAUGAUGAUCUCUCAAUUCGAAAAUGAAGUAUAUCAUAUAGUAGCACAUCCAAUAAAUAGACUGAAACUGAUUGAUAAAAAUUAAUUUAAUAAGAUAUGGAAUGAUCAGGUGCCAGGAAUAAUAUAAGACAUCUUCAAAAACAUGAAUGAUUAUUAUUAUUAAUGA